CCCGUCAGGGUCCAGCCUCCACCUCUUCCGAUCACGGAAGUGGAGAUCGAGCCACUGCACGACAGUCCUCGUUCUUCCCCACAAAGGACACAUCGGAUGGGAUAUGAGCACCACGCUCCCCUCUUCCAGCCUCGACGUCGUACUCGAAGCUCGCAUUCGGGAGCCCGAAGGGGCAUGGGUGCAGCCCCGAGGGCUGGCCAUCCUGGCCCAUCGAGGGUCGAUGUCCGAUCACGUCAUCUCAUCUGUGAGCCGGCUUCUGUCCGAGCUGGGAUUCAGGACUGUACGUUUCAACUCGAGAGGGGUCGGCGCAAGUCAGGGAAAAGGUAGCUGGACUGGAGAGACUGAGGCAGCUGACUAUCUAGCAGUGACGAAGACUAGCAUAGCAGACUUCAGCCAGGCUUAUCCUGCAGCGAAGGACUGUCAGCUCCUAAUUGGAUACUCUGCCGGUGCAAUGUAUGCCUCUGCUGUGCUGCAGCCGACGUUGUCGCCCAUGUUCGAUUCGGCAAGGCUCUGUCUGUUCGUCUCGUAUCCCCUAGACAAGCUGUGGGCGUUGUCAGCUUUUGGUACACGAAAGUGGACAAGGAGAAUGGAGCAGAUUGCUCAAAGCAAAGAUCACCGCACGUUGCUCAUCCAAGGGACGGAGGACCAAUUCACUAAUCACACGAACUACGAGAAAUGGUGUGGUCGGCUGGCCACGGUGUCUGAAACAAAUCAUUUGCAUAUGGUCACCGUCGAAGGUGCAGAUCACUUUUGGAGGACGAGAGAACACCUCGGAGGUCUGAUCGAGGCGAUUCGGACCUGGGCAGACACGGUGAAGUAAGGUGAUUCCACCAGGCAGCGCUAAAGCCGCGUUCCAACUGCCGUGGAAGGCGGCCCAGGUCGGCGAUAGGGGAGUGGACAGCCUUUCCCGCCAUCUGUCCGCAACGGGACGGCCAGAAAACACGGU